UGAUGCUAGGCGUUCAAUGCUAGGAAGGGAACUGUGUUGUUCAAAACAUAACCGCAUAAUUUACACUUUCUGAAAGAGAAAGACAUUCAGCGGCGACUGUAGACUAAACACUACCAGUAGGUUUGUAUUUAAAGAAAUGCCAUCGAGAAAUCAUCUUGACAAAGUAGGUAGGAAGAAGAAGAAGAAAUGGACAGAGGAGGCCAUGGAACGUGCACUGAUCGAGGUGAAGUCGGGAAGGUGCACCGUGAGACAGGCUGCCAAAGAGUUUGGAGUCCCUAAAUCUUCACUAGGGGACCGAGUCAGCGGACGGGUGACACCAGGGAGUCGCAGCGGGCCAGCUCAGCUUAUAACAUCUGCAGACGAGGAGCUGUUGGUGGAGUUCUCUUUAUACACGUCCAAGCAUGGUUUCCCACUGACGAAGCAGCAGCUGGUGUCCUUUGCCUCAUCCAUUUAUAAGCGGCAGCAUCGGAGGGUGGCAUUCUCUAAACUAGGCCAGACCUGGUGGCUCAAUUUCAGGAAACGGCAAGAAAAGAAUAUCACCAUUCAGCCAGCAGACAGUGUUGUCCGUGGGAGGACGACAUGUGUGAGAAAAGAAGCAGUGGAUCAGUUUUUACAUUUACUUAGCACUGUCAUGGACGCUCGUGGGCUCAGAGACAAGCCUCAUCAAAUCUUCAACUGCAAUGAGACAGGAUUUCAGCUGGGCAGGAAGAGGGUGAUUCUCCCCAAAUCUGCCAGUCUGGGCUACAAGCCAACGCCAGUCUCGAGGGACCACAUCUCCGUCCUGGCUUGCUUUAGCGCAGCUGGAGAGGAAAUUCCCCCAUUUAUUAUCUACUCAAAGGCAUACCCAGGGGGAGUAUGUUACAAGACUCAAGGGCCUCCAAAUGCCCUCUAUGGAUGGUCAGACUCGGGGUAUAUCAACUCUGACCUUUUCAAGAAAUGGUUCCUCAAGCACUUCCUCCUGCACGCACCAAAGGAGCGUCCACUGCUGCUGAUUUUCGAUGGUCACAAGUCUCCCCUGAACCUCGAGGUGGUGGAAACAGCUCGUAAGGAGGACGUCAUCCUUCUGUGCCUUCCGCCUCAUUGCUCUCACAUCCUGCAGCCACUCGACGCAGGUCUAUUUGUUCUCCUGAAGCAGCGUUUUGCAGCACUCAUAGGUGACGGUUGUGCCACCGAUAGUCACUUCGCAGUCAGCAAGAAGGAGUUCUCGGGUGUGUUUAAAGGGACGUAUCGGGUAGCGAAGGAGGAGGAGGGUGUAAGGAUUGUGAAGGAAGGCUAUAGGAAAUGUGGCAUCUACCCGCUCAACCACUUUGCCAUCAACAAGGGUCAUUUAAUGCCAUCGCACAGCAUGUGUCCAGCAGCUGGACCCUCCUUGUCAACAUCAGCACAGGGAGUGAACAAUGUAGGAGACCUCACAGCUGCUGGACCGUCCUCCCUACUCAUGACUCAGCCAUCAGCUCCUUUGAGGGAGGAGAGUGACUGCAUAAUUUAACAAAACAUUUAUAGUUCUGUCAUUGGAAAUACUGAACUGGAGAACACUCCAGCUUGAGUAUCGUGCACCAUGGGGGUCCCCAAGAUAAAUCUAAAGGAGUCAAAUGUUGUUGUUUUUAAAUCUAAGAUUCUCUAAUCAUGUUUAUUUCUUGUAACAUAUUGGUUACUUUCACCUCUUCAGGUCUCAUUCAAAAUCAUUCAAAUGAAACAAGCAGAGACAGAGAAGUCAUGUCAAAAUCAUGUCGACAAAAAGGGAAUCACGAGCAAAAGGAACUACUGUUGUACAACAAAUUGAAUCAAGCUUUGACAUUUUGUCUUGCCAUUGAUGGCCAGCCAGUUAGUCACCCAACUAAUAUUAAGCAGUAUGAAUACAGACAUUGAGUUAUGCAUGACUAAUAUUUUAGUGGAGUUCACGGUGGAUUAGUCUGCGCGGUGAGUGCUGUGAGCUAGCUAGCUAAUUCUGUUCUGGACCAAUUAAAGUGGUUUAAUCGCUUAAUGUGUAUUCAGCUAACACGUCAAAAGGACAGAUUUAAUCUUAGUCACAUUUUCAGACGUUAUCUUGUUUGAGAUGUAUUUACAGGAACUAGGCCAUUGGGAAAACUAAAUAGGAUGUUGAGUUCUGGCAAUAUUUGUUAUGGUCCAGUAUCCAGGCAGAAUGUUUGCAGAAAAGAUGUACAGAUAAAACUUGUUCCUAAGUGAUUUCCUCAUUCUGAUAUUCACGACUGCUGCUAAACAAACAGAGCAGAGGGGUAACAAUGUUUUUUUAAACACUGAUAGAAGGGAAACAUGUCUUUAAAAAGGCUAACUCAAUUCAUUCCCUUUUUUAAUUUGGGGAGGGGGUGUCUUUAAGUGAUCUCAGGGAGAAAUAAAUGUAUUUUUUUUAUAUUUUUGCAUCACAAAUCUGUCCAUAGGUUAUCAAGUUACUAAAGGGGGUUUAAGACCUGUGUGUGUAAGUUUGUGCGUGUGUGUGUCUGAGUGUUUGAGUAAGAGUGUGUGUGUGUGUGUGUGUGAGUGAUAGUGCGCAUGUGUGUGUGAAUGUGCGCGUACCUGCGUGCGUGUGUGGGUCUCAUGUACGUGUUCAAUCAGGUGAUGUAAUGUAAAUGCAAUAACUACAGCUGGCAACAAUACACAGGCGGGGAGCACUACUGCAUGUAUUAUUAAUAUGACAGUAAGUAGUAGUUAACAGUCAGUAAAUGUUGCAGAAAAUAUUUCGGUCUAUUUAAACAACAUAAAUGAAUAUGACUGAUUGUUAAUUAUUAUUGAAUGCCGCGUUACAGAAAAUGAUCCUGACUGUUUUGUAAUCCCAGCAAAACAAUGAAUCUCAUUGUAUUUAACACACAUGAUUAGUAAAAAUUAAUGACUGGUAAAAUAUUUAUACAUCUCAAUUUUUAAUUGAUGUUUUCAUAAUGUUCAUUAGGUAGCCAAAAGAACCCUUUUGGUAUUGAAGGGCAAACAUGCAGGUGUGAAGCAGCUGUUUGAUCUUGUGUGCCUUGAGGGGAAAUAGUAAGUAGUUAUUGUAUUCAGAUCAAUGCUUCAUUAACCAACUAAAGCGCUUAUAUAUGUUAAUAUUACAGAUGGUAGUUUGUCGCUGAAGCCUUUAAAAAAAAUGGUUAUGCACUGACACAACAGAGUCAAAGGAGAAUUUCGGUUUAAGAUGUUGCAGACUGUAGGAUUUAUAUUACAUCACAAUGUUUUUUUUUUAAUUUAUUUAAUUUUCAACCCUAAAUAAGCUAGUUUUUCUAUAAGAUCUCAGACAUUUACUAGUGAUAGAAACAUAAGCUAUCUGAAGCACUGGUGUUGAUUUACUGGUUUAAAGCACUUGAUUCUGUCAAAAAAUGGCGACAUCUUCUGGCCAAACCGUGGUAUUGCAUUGGUAUGGAUGGAUUAGUACAAAAUACAACUGUUUUUACUGCUUUCACUGCGUUGGUUGUUUUGAAUACAGUGUCGACAGCUCUGAUAAGAAUCAAACAGCGGAUCCCGGGCUGGGAUAAAAGCUCCCUGCUCCCUACAAUGCUCAAUUAAAAUGGUCUGUGAGCUUUUUAUACAGUGAGUGGAUCUCUUGUUUGAUUAUAGCCUUAGUUCGAUUUUUUGGUUGAGUUCCUGUUGAAGUUUUUUGGAUUUGCAUACACCCUGGACAUCUCUCUGAUACUCACUCAA